AUGGUCUCUGAUUGUGGCAUUUCAUUUCUUUCUCUUCAAGAGUUAAAAGCUACUAAUGUUUCUCACCGUGAUUUCGCUAAAUUUUGGGGUAAUAAGAACUUCGGUUUGGAUUAUGUGGAUUCUGUUGGGCAGUCGGGGGGUUUGAUUUGUGCGUGGGAUGAUAAGGUGUUUUGUCAGUCUGGUGGUUCGAAGAACAGGUAUUAUCUUCAUGUUAGAGGCUCUUUACUGGGUUGUGCUUCUCCGGUCAAUGUUCUUAAUGUGUAUGCCCCUCAAGGGCUUUCGGCCAAAAAAAGUUUAUGGGAGGAGUUGAAAAUGGUUAUUGAUUCUUUUGAUGGUUUAUGGGUUAUUUCGGGCGAUUUUAACGUAGUUCGGUUUAGAGAGGAGAAAAGGAAUUGUGCUUUCAAACAAAAUUGUGCCAAUAAUUUCAACGACUUUAUUUUUGAAUCGGGUUUGAUUGAAUAUAAUAUGAGAGGUCGGAUGUUCACUUUCCGCUCGGAUAAUGGAAAUAAACUUAGUAAACUCGACCGCUUCUUAGUGAAUUCGGAAUUCUUUAGUGCUUGGCCGGCGGCAUCUUGUCGUGUUCUUCCUAGAGACCGAUUGAAAGAAUGGAAAGAAAUCAUGAUUAAGAAAGAAGGAGAGGAGGUGAUGGCUGCGAAAGAAGAAAAUGAGAAAUUAGAGGAUGUCCUUGACUCUAGAGAUUUUUCGGAGGAAGAGGAGUGGAUUUUCCACGAGAAUAAAAAGAUAAUUUGUGAAGCGUAA